CCCUCCCUCUUUCUGUGGACGGUCUGUAACCGAAGCAGUUCCUCAAAAGGAGAAAGAAAACCCUGUCACUUCUGAUCAGACAAAUCGAACAGCAGAGGAGUUGAGGCAUAACUUUCACCACAACGUGGAUUCAGCUUCAGAACUUCAUUAAGCAGAGAGCUUUGGCAGAGGCAGCGGACAACAUGGAGGUAAAAGAAGCAGCCUCAGUGAAACCCAUCGAUCAGUCCCCCUCUCUGUGUGCUGGUGAGCAGGACUAUGUUGACAGGAGGAAAAGGGUCGUUCUGGAGUCACUCAACAGCCAUAAAGGGACUGGGUUCCCCACAUCGCUCUGCUGCCAUCAGGUGGGGGUCAGAGGGCAGCCGUGGGUCUGAUGGGUUCCCUCUCUCAAAUGGAAAAGGAUGGUCUGCUGGACCCUCUGCUUUACAUGGGAGCAGUCUCUGGGUCAACGUGGUCCAUGUCCACCCUGUACAGUGACCCGCAGUGGAGCGGCAACAUGGACAAAGCAGUGUCCACGAUGACAGGUCCUGGGGUCGAGCUGGAGCAGGCUCUGGCCUGGUUGGACAAGAGGUCAAAGGAGGAGCUUUUCUCUCUGUCUGAUAUCUGGGGGGUGUUAACCUCUGUUGGGAUCAUGAAACAGAUGGACUUGCGGCAUCUUUCCGACGAGGCCAGCAGGAAUGCCACAAACCCUUACCCCAUCUACAGCACCAUAGAGAAGGGCUGCCUUUUAGAUGGGCCUACAGAAGGGAAAUGGUUUGAGGUGAGUCCUCAUGAGGCUGGAUUCACAGAGCUGGGUGUCUUUGUUGAAACGUCUCUCCUGGGCAGUAAGUUUCAGAGCGGAGAGCUGCAGGAGCAGAAGACAGAGAUGGACAUGAUCGAGCUACAAGGUGUUCUGGGUUGUGCGUUGGCUCAUGACGAGGUUAUCAGAGAGUUCAUCCCUCCCUGGUUGAAUGACAGAGAUGCUGACGAGUACUUGCGUGUAUACAACACCCUUGACAAACUGGUGGCCCUGAUCAGAAGUUCCACAAAGGAUCCUACCACUCUUUCUGAGCUGAACACGCUGCAGAAAAUACUAGAAGACAAGGUAAAUUGUAUUCUUUCUGCGUUGCUGGAGUCAAAGAAUAUGGAGGAAAGAAAAACGAUUUUUCAUCAUUUGAGUCAGGAGCUCCUGGCGGUAGUAGACACCUGGAGCCAAAGAUUGGGGAAUGUCGCUGUAAUCCUUAAGCAAGUCCUUCCCCUGAUUAUGAAGUGGGAGUGGGGAACAACCAGGAACUUCCUCUACCAACACAAAGAUGCUCCACCUUGCCUUGGCGCCAAAGAAAUAAUCCACCUGGUCGAUGCCGGGCUGCUGAUCAAUGUUGCCUACCCUCCUUUUCUGGGAGAGAAGAGAGACAUUGACCUCAUUAUUGUACUGGAGUACAGCGCUGGAAACAUGUUUGAGAUGCAAAGGAGGUCGAUGCAAAGAUGGAGGAGUUCUCCACUUUCCAGCCUCCUUUCAGUGAGGCCAAGAUCAAGAUUAUGUUGGAGACGGCGGAAGCUAACAUGAAGAACAACAAGGAACUUCUGCUGAGGGAGAUAAACAAGGCCGUUCUCCGCCGACAGAACAAGAGGAAGUCUGUGCUGAACAAUCCUUAAUCAUAAAUGAUUAUGACUCAGUCUCUGACUUCAUCUACAUAAAGAGUUGGAGGAGAAGAAGCUCUCAGACAGACACAGGAGGCAGAAGAAGCACUAACCGCACCAACAUGAGCAAUACAGAAUCAUGUAAUGCAUGCAUGUAAUGAUGUCUGCUAAGAUGGCUGACACUAAAUAAAUGUUGGUUGCAUGUGUGAAA